AUGUCACCUGAUACCGAAAACGUAAAUAAGGGCAUGGCGACCACUUCCAGAAGUAGAAGAAAGCAAGAAGAUGAGAAAAAGAAUAAGAAGAAGCAGUCCCCCGUAGACGAUCGUCCAUCAGUGCCAGCACCGAGUGAAGCCAUGCUCAAAAACCUCCGAACAGCAUUCGGUCUACUGGACCGGGACAGUGAUGGUCACGUAACGCCGGCAGAGCUGCAGUUCAUGCUUCGUAAUCUGGGCAUCGAGGUGAGCGACGACCUCAUAGCUGAUCUUAUAAAAGAUGCCAGUAAAACUGGAAAUGGUCUAAUAGAUGAGAAUGAGUUCAUGCAAUGGGUGACGAAAAUACAAGCAUUGCAAGGUCUAGAUGUUACUACGAGUGGAGGGGAUUCGGAAGAAGAAAUAACGAGAGAUUUAUUAGCAGCAUUCAAAGUGUUCGACCGCGACGACAACGGGUACAUAACGCGGGACGAGCUGCGGUCCGCGCUGGAAAUGAUCGGCGAGCCCGUCACCGACGCGCAGCUCAACCAGGUGCUCGCGCUCGGCGACAUCGACCACGAUGGACGCAUCGACUAUGAAGAGUUUGUGAAGAUGCUUUUG